GACUUUCUAUUGAUUAAAAAGACUUCGAGUCUUUCCGAAGCUCAUGGCAUGGUGGAUAUGAUUAUCCAUUCAAAUUCAAAAGCACGAGUUUUGCCUGUUUUUGAAGACCAUGCUUGAAAAUUCCCUCUCUUUUUUAGAUUCUCGACACUAUCAAGCAGUUUGCCACUUAUCACUGUAAAAUCCUGCGAGUGGAAGAGGGGUAGAGGUGGCUUUAAUGGCAGACCCUCCUCUUCUUCCACUGACUCAACCCCCUUUCAGUCGCACCAAUAAAAAAAAGAAGGGGGGCAUCAACAAUUUGGCUUCUACGUGCAACACAUCUCCCCCAUCUCCUCCUAAGCUGAACAAGGGUAGACGAGCAACACCAAAAUCCGAGCCCAAAGAAACUCCUGUUGUUGCAGACAUAGAGGAUUUCAAGCGGAAAGAGGCGUCAUCAAUCUCUCAGCGUCUCCUUGAAUGGUACUACGCAACACAUCGUGUGUUGCCAUGGAGGUCGGACCAGAAGCAGGACGACGAACACGACACUGAAGAGGAGAGGGAUCGCAGGGCAUAUGAAGUGUGGGUGUCGGAGGUAAUGCUUCAUCAGACCAGGGUGACUGUUGUGGUGGAUUACUACACUCGUUGGAUGGAUAGUUGGCCUACGCUUCAUCAUCUCGCCAAGGCUUCCCAAGAGGAAGUUAACGAAAUGUGGGCUGGAUUGGGUUACUACCGCCGUGCCCGCUAUCUGUUGGAGGCUAUCUCUUUCUACAUCUUUUCCCCCUCGAGCAUUAUUUUCGGUGUUAGAGUAUUGAAGCAGGCUCAAACUACGAGGUUGCUUGGAGGAGCAAAAGAGAUUGUAGAAAAUCAGGGAGGUGUAUUCCCCCGCACAUUGGAAGGUUUGAAAAAAGUUCCUGGUAUCGGCGAUUAUACAGCUGGGGCCAUUGCUUCAAUUGCUUUCAAGCAGGGUGUGCCAGUAGUUGAUGGAAAUGUAAUUCGGGUGGUUUGCAGACUGAAAGCUAUAUCUGCAAACCCUAAACUGCCUACAACCAUCAAACGCCUCUGGGAGCUUGCAGGCCAACUUGUUGAUCCAAAGAGACCGGGUGAUCUAAACCAAGCAAUUAUGGAGCUUGGUGCUACCAUCUGCACCCCAACUAGUCCUGCAUGUUCUUCUUGUCCAGUUGCCAAACACUGCAAUGCACUUUCUACUGUUAGAAGGUAUGAUUCAAAGAAUGAACAGAAGUCUCUAUUAACAGUGAAAAAUGCAGCAAAUGUUGUGACAGUACCAUCUGUUACUGAUUAUCCAGUGAAAGUUUUGAAGGCAAUAGCCCGGGAGGAGUUUGCAGCUGUUUGUGUCAUCGAAUUGUCUUCUGAAUAUAAAACAGAAAGUAUUCAAGACAUAAACAGUGAUGGAAAUUCAUUUCUUCUUGUGAAACGACCAGAGAAAGGAUUGCUUGCGGGUCUUUGGGAGUUUCCCUCUAUCCUGGUUAGUAAAUCAAGUCUCAGCCCUAUUGAACUAAAGGCUGCCAUGGAUCAGUACCUGGAAAGCUCAUUAGGGAUUGUUAUUGCCCCUGGAAAAUCUGAAGUAAUUUUGCGGAAGUCAGUUGGGAAGUAUAUUCAUGUGUUUUCUCAUAUCCGGUUACACAUGUACAUUGAAUGGAUGCUUGUACAUAUGCCAGCAUACAAAGAUGGACUGCCAAAAAUUAAGGAUUUGAAUGACACAGUUCUGAAGUGGGUAGAUACAAAAACCAUUCAGAGCAUGGGCUUGACAAGUGGAGUAAGAAAGGUGUACGUGAUGCUUCAGGAAUUUAAGAAUGGGACUGGAAAAUCGGAAUCUGUUCCAAGGGGAAAAAAAAGAAAGAAAAAGAAUAUUUUGUUCAUUGAAGAUUGUUAACUUCUAGGUGCCCCUCCCUAAGGCUACUAUGUAUGAACUACUUUCUGUAAUCAGUUUUGUGAAGUGAAUGGCUGGAUGCUAGUUCUGAUAAUCUGAAAUCCUUGUCUUCAAAUAUGCACUGAGAAACAUUGAUAAAACAAAUAUCAGAACAAAGUACUACCAGUGCUUGUAAGAGGGACUAAUUCCCCAUAUUUAAAGCUUAGUUGUAAAGAGUAUAUAUCAACAGAAGCUUAAGGAUAUAGAUGGUGUUAACUGUUCAGCAGUUAAAGAGAUGUUUUAUCGCCUGAGUACAUUAUGCAUCACUGACUAUCAAAUUGGAGAAAGAACAGAAUGGAUAUGCAAUAACCAUUUUUUUGAACA